UAUGAUUUCAUCAUAAAGUUUCAAUCUUUUUUCAUUUUCUUGCACACAAAAAAUGGACAGAAAAAUCCUCCUUUCUCCAUAUGAAAAACCAUAUUUUUACAGCCAGCCACCACCGCCGCCGCCGCCGGCGUUUCAAGCCGCCGGAGCUGGUGGGUCAAGCCUAAACAACAAUGUGAGUCCAAGUGUUUUGUUAAUCAUCAUAAUUCUUGCCAUUAUUUUUUUCAUUUCUGGAUUACUUCAUCUUCUUGUUAGAUUUCUUAUAAAACCAUCAAACAGAGACCCUGAUGAAUUUGAUAAUGUGAGUGCACUUCAAGGUCAAUUACAACAGUUAUUUAGUCUUCAUGAUUCUGGGGUUGACCAGUCUUUUAUUGACUCACUUCCUGUUUUUAGUUAUAAGUCUAUAAUUGGUGUAAACAAAAGCCCAUUUGAUUGUGCUGUUUGUCUAUGUGAGUUUGAAUGUGAUGAUAAGCUUAGAUUGUUGCCUAAAUGUAGUCAUGCUUUUCAUAUGGAUUGUAUAGAUACAUGGCUUUUGUCUCAUUCUACUUGCCCUCUUUGUAGAAGUAAUUUGCUUUUGGAUUAUAAUAAUUCAAAUACUUGUUGUUCACCUUUUGUGCUUGUUCUUGAAUCUGGCGAAGAAAGUUUCAGGGAGAUUGUGAAUAAUGAGGGUGGAAAUAGUAGUAGGAUUCAAAGGGUGAAUUCACAUUUUAGUAUUGGUGAAGAGUUUGAAUUUGAAAGAACGAAUUCGGGUCGAAAUGAAGUUAUGGAAGAUGAGGAUAAAGAGAAAGUUGUGAUGGUUAAACUCGGGAAAUUUAAGAAUGUGGAUGGAGUUAGUGGUUGUGAGGACAGUGAUGAAAAGAGUAAAAUUGAUAGUAGGAGGUGUUUUUCAAUGGGAUCUUUUGAGUAUGUGAUGGAUGAUAAUUUAUCAUUACAAGUACCAAUUCGGAUACAAGUCAAGAAACAAUCAAACAAGAAGUUAAAUCUUCCAAUUACCCCAGGGCAUAGGCCAGCAAUGUCGGAAUGUGGUGGGGAUUCAAGACGAGAUUUUAAAGGGAUUGAAGCGUCAAGGAGCGGUAGUGGUGGAAGUAUGAGAAGGGAGAGCUUUUCGGUAUCCAAAAUUUGGCUCAGAGGGAAAAAAGAAAAGCCUAAUUCAACAAUGACGGGUUCAGCCGCCAUUGAGCCACCAUCAACCACCGGGAUAUACUCGUUACAAUUCUUGCUUCGGCAACAUGUUGCUGGAGAUGACUCGAAGGCGUCUGAGGCGGGUUGUCAUGAUCAUGAAGUACAGAAUUGUCACAAUGUUGAUCCACAAACAGCAGCAUCAUCAAAUGCACCAUCUUUUGUGAAGAGGAGUUUGCUUUGGCUUAUGGGCAGGCAAAAAAACAAGGUUGUUCAUUCAAAUGUGUCUACAAAUGUUUGAAAUUUUUUGUCACCAAUACUAUCUUUCUGUAAUCUGUCUAGAGAAUUGAAGGGUAUUUUGUUAAAAUGAUUCUUAAGAGUACAAAGGAAUUCAAGAUUGACCCUAAACCUCAAUACAAA